AUGGAUUUCGGGUCCCUGGAGACGGUGGUGGCCAACUCAGCCUUCAUCGCUGCCCGGGGCAGCUUUGAUGGGAGCAGCGGCCCAUCCUCUCGGGACAGGAAGUACCUGGCCAAGCUGAAGCUGCCCCCUCUGUCCAAGUGCCAGGGCCUCCGGGAGAGCCUGGACCUGGCGUUCCUGAGUGUGUGCUCAGAGCAGCCCAUCGGCAAGCGGCUGUUCCAGCAGUUCCUGGGGGCCGACCAGAGGCAUGCGCCGGCUCUGGAGCUUUGGAAGGACAUCGAGGACUACGACACCGCUGACGAUGACCUCCGGCCACAGAAGGCUCGCGCCAUCCUGGCUGCGUACCUGGACCCCCAGGCCGAGCUCUUCUGCAGCUUCCUGGACGAGGGGACCGUAGCGCAGGCCCGGGAGGGGCCCGUGGCGGGCGGGGACGGGCUCUUCCGGCCCCUGCUGCAGGAGACCCUGGUGUACCUGAGCCAGGCGCCCUUCCAGGAGUACCUGGACAGCCUGCACUUCCAGCGCUUCCUGCAGUGGAAGUGGCUGGAGGCCCAGCCCACCGGGGAGGACUGGUUUUUGGACUUCAGGGUCCUGGGGAAAGGCGGCUUCGGGGAGGUGUCUGCCUGCCAGAUGAAGGCCACCGGCAAGUUGUAUGCGUGUAAGAAGCUCAACAAAAAGAGACUCAAGAAAAGGAAGGGGUACCAGGGUGCUAUGGUAGAGAAGAAGAUUCUAGCAAAGGUACACAGCAGGUUUAUAGUCUCACUGGCGUAUGCAUUUGAAACCAAAACCGACCUCUGUCUGGUGAUAACUAUCAUGAACGGAGGCGACCUGAGAUACCACAUCUACAACGUGAACGAGGAGAGCCCUGGCUUCCAGGAGCCGCGUGCCGUGUUCUACAUAGCCCAGAUUGUCAGCGGGCUGGAGCACCUACAUCAGAGGGGCAUCGUCUACCGAGACCUCAAGCCUGAGAACGUACUUCUGGAUGAUGACGGUAAUAUCCGAAUAUCUGACCUUGGGCUGGCCGUGGAGCUGAAGGACGGGCAGACCAAGACCAAGGGCUAUGCAGGAACCCCAGGUUUCAUGGCCCCUGAGCUCUUGCAGGGUGAGGAGUACGACUUUUCUGUGGAUUACUUUGCCCUGGGGGUCACACUGUACGAGAUGAUCGCGGCCAGAGGACCCUUCCGCGCCCGCGGGGAGAAGGUAGAGAACAAGGAGCUCAGACAGAGGGUCCUCUCUGAGCCCGUCAAGUACUCGGACAAAUUCAGCCAGGCCAGCAAGGACUUCUGCGAGGCGCUGCUGGAGAAGGACCCUGAGAAGCGCCUGGGGUUCAGAGACGGGACCUGUGACGGGCUCCGCGCCAACCCCCUCUUUAAGGACAUUAACUGGAGACAGCUGGAGGCCGGGAUGCUGACACCCCCCUUCGUCCCAGACUCCAGGACAGUCUAUGCCAAGAACAUCCAGGACGUGGGCGCCUUCUCCACGGUCAAGGGCGUGGCCUUCGACAAAGCCGAUACCGAGUUCUUCCAGGAGUUCGCGACCGGCAACUGCCCCAUUCCCUGGCAGGAGGAGAUGAUCGAGACGGGCGUGUUCGCGGAGCUGAACGUCUGGCGCUCUGACGGGCAGAUGCCUGACGACAUGAAGGGGGUCGCCGUGGAGGAGGCAGCCCCCGCGUCCAAGUCCGGGAUGUGUCUGGUUUCCUAGGUGUGCGGGGGCAAGAAGGCCUCUGUGAGCCACCAGAGAAAGGCAAGGAGUGGCCAGAUGUCCCGGCCCAGCUCAGGAGCCCAGCCCGUAAAUAGUCUGCUUCUUCUGCCCCAUUUCACUCAGAGACACAACCGUGGUUCUCAGAUGGCACGUCCCACUCGAGGGCUCUUGUGGACGUCCCCGCCGGCAGCCGGGUCAGCCGUCCGGGCAAAGCAUUGCUUGGCAUUUUGGUAUAUGUUUCCUGCACCUUAACUGCACCUUCCCAGGUGGGAGGCAUUCUCCUUGUUGGCUCAGGAGUUGGCAGAGCAUGGCCCGCAGGCUCACGGACACCAGUGGAGAGGCCUGGUGCCCCCCUUCAUGCCCAGACUGCACCCCCCGCCACCUGCCUGCUACCCACCACCUGCAUGUUGGACAUGCUGACAUCUGCCAGGCGCUGGGGGCGCAGUCUCCCAGGGCUUGCGUCACCCAGGCUGCGGCCCAGUGUCCCAGAGGAGGGAGGAUGGGGGCUCUGGGGAUGAAGGCGACGGCAGCAGCCUCCCCCUCAGCUUCUCUGUGUCCUGAGAACAUCUCCAGCCGAUGGCAUCUGGGUGUGCCGUUCUCCGGCCCAAGCAACAGCUUACCACCGGACUCUGCCUCCUGGCAAAGCCCUUUCCCGUGCUCCUGUCUUGGGCAAGCUUGGGGCCGGCUGGUCUUGCAACAUGGGGUUUUCUGGCUGAUGGCUAGGGCCAGACCCUGUCGGAAUCCCCAGAGGCAACAGCACUGGAGUUUUGGGGUCCUAACCCUUACGAGCACAAGUAUGCCCUCCUUCUGGCCUGUGGCCCCGUGUUCACUGGGUCCGUGUUUCCAGCUUCACCUUUAACCCCAAGAAUCCCCACGUGUGCCCUGCCUGGAAGAACACAGUCUUUGUAGCGGCCUCCAGAUGACGUUCACUCCUGGGCUGGGAUUUGGUGGCAUUGGCCUUGGAACCCGAGACUGCCCAGGGGGCUCAGGUGGGGCCGAGCCUCUGGGGAGGAGCUGAGAUUUAGGGCCUGAAGUUUCCAGAAGGGUCUACUUUUCCUUAGGAAAUAACUUCUGAGUCUCUGCAACUCAUACACUGUGUCACAUGCUGGUCCAUGCAGAGAGCCACAUGACGUGGCUGUGAGAUGCCGGAUUGCGUGUGGGGGUCACGUGGGAAGACUCCCCCUGGGAGUGUCAGAAGACACCACAGCAUUUACCUGUCAAGUGGGGCUGACAUUGGGUCCUGUCAGGGGCUGCAAAAGAGGGAGUCCUACCUAGCUUUAGCACAUGUCCUGGGGUCACUGCUUCCUUUCCCAGCUACCUCAUGAGAGUCCACCCUGAGUAUUGGGGUGCCCCCACCCUCAGACUGUCAACACCAAGUGUUCAGGGGCCCCCUUGCCCUCAGACUGUCAUCCCUGAGUGUUUGGGGAACCCCUGCCCUCGAUCUGUCAUCCUUGAGUGUUCAGGGAACCGCCACCCUCAGACUAUCAACACCAAGUGUUUGGGGCACCCACACCCUCAGACUAUCAACACCAAGUAUUCAGGGGUGCCCCUGCCCUCAGACUGUCAACACUGAGUAUUUGGGGCAUCUCUGCCCUCAGACUAUCAUCCUCGAGUGUUUGGGGAACCCCCACCCUCAGGGGGUGCCCCCAUCCUCAGACCGUCAAUCCCAAGUAUAUUGGGGCAUCCCUGCCCUCAGACUGUCAUCCUUGUGUUCAAGUAACUCCCACCCUCAGACUGUCAACCCUGUGUUGGGGUGCUCCUACCCUCAGACUGUCAACACUGAGUGCUGGGGGGGUUGUUGCCUGCAGAAGUCCGUGUGCAGUCCUCUGCUCUCUGCCCUCAGGGGACCAGUGGGUCCUGCAGCCAACAGCUCUGGAGGGUUGCCACUCUGGCCCCCACGCCUGCCUGGCACAGGGCCGUGUCGUGUGUGGCCGUGCAGAGGCCAGACAGGUGGUGGAGAAAAUCCGGCCUGUGCUUCCGAGGACCGUAUGACAUGAAGCCUCUGCCUUUAAAGCACCCUUGGACCAGAAAGAUCCUUCUCUCCUGGCUGUGCAUGUGGCCCGCCAGAGGCAAAAACUGUUCUGGAAGGGCCUGGAGAGACGCCCAGCGCUUUCUGGUGUGUGACCUGGAGCAUCUCUGCAGGCGCCCAGGACCAGGGACAUGGGGCUGUCGGCGGGCAAAUCACCCUCACCCAGUCUUGCUUUGUUUUCCAGAAAGGUGCACGUGGGCUAGGUAAUGGCCAUAUGUGUCACUGCACUACCUUGUGGUGCAACAAGGACCUGUUUCUGGCUUUUAUAAACCCAUUUAAUCUGUUCUAGGUUCUCAUGGCCCUGAACAAAGAGUGAUUCCAGCAGCUGUGUGGAUGGAGGCCUGGCCUGAAGCCCCUUGGCGUCUGCCAGGGGGGCCCAUUUGCCUGCGUCUGAUGGCCAGAUGGUCAGAUAAAACACAGGACAUCGGAUGCAUUUGAAUUUCAGAUGAACAGCAAAUACUGUUUUUAGUGCGUGUCCCAAAUUAUCCAGUUUGUGAUCUGGCGCCUGUUGCUGAAAUGCUUCACGUGUAAGUAACUAAUUCCUCUGAAUCAGCAGGUCUGUCAGGCAUAGUUGUGACUUCAGCGGUCUCUCCGUCAUCGGAAGAGGUCUUUCCCAAGCCCAUAAAACUCAAGCUGGCCUCAGUGCCCCUGCCCCCUGCUCCCCUACCUACAGGCGACCCUGCACACACUUGAACAGUGGUCUCAAGGCGCUAAUUUAGGACGCCCAGUGCCUGUGGAAAUUGCGACCCCCUGUGGGACAUCCCUCCCCCAGCUCUCCUGGGGGUCCCGGCAGUGGCGGGCGGGGGAAGGGUCAGUGCCUGCCAGUGGUUUCUUCACAGUCUCGGGGGAUCUCUGCUGUGGGUGGUAUUCCAGUCCCAGUCCCCCAACCUGGCACCCUCCCAGGGAGCUGGCUGUCCCCCACACGUGAGGCCCUCCCCCCAGCUCCAGCCUGGACCGCGGGGCUGGCCCUGACACGGGUCUUGGGGGCCGUCAGGGAUCUAGUUAGCCUGCAGGCUUGUCUCUGUCUUGGGGGCUGCCCACACUAGGCCGAUGAGGUUCCCCUGCAGAGAUGCCUUCAUUGCCGCUCCUCUUGUCCCACACCAUAGCUGCCAAGGGGUCUUCAGACACUGGCCUGGACCCCUGCCUCAGGGUGCCUGGCACUUGGGCAUCUGUGACCCUGGCCACAGCCUGGUGAGACUCACUGUCAUGGGGUGUGACAUACAUCGUGGUGAAGAUGGCACCCACUGGGUUUUUCCCAAGGAUGGAAGGAGGCCAGGCAGCAGAGGCGCCCUGGGGGUACUGGGAUCAGAACGACUCAGCACGACUUUUUGUUUGUAAAAAAAAAAUGCAGUUUCUAUUCAAGCAGAAAAAGACAAAAAGGGAAAACAUAAUGGAUUCUGGAUUAUAAUAUGAAUGCUAGUUAUGUUCUUUUUUUUCAAAAUCACCUAUACAGACACCUCUGCAAACACACAUAUACACACACACAUGCAUG